GAUGAUGCUGGAUGUCCUCCAGCCAGGAAGGGAGGAGCCGGUACACCUGUGCAAGACUGGAGGGGAGGAGUCGGUACACCUGUGCAAGACUGGAGGGGAGGAGCUGGUACACCUGUGCUAGACUGAAGGGGAGGAGCCGGUACACCUGUGCAAGACUGGAGGGGAGGAGUCGGUACACCUGUGCAAGACUGGAGGGGAGGAGCCGGUACACCUGUGGUAGACUGAAGGGGAGGAGCCGGUACACCUGUGCAAGACUGGAGGGGAGGAGCCGGUACACCUGUGGUAGACUGAAGGGGAGGAGCCGGUACACCUGUGCAAGACUGGAGGGGAGGAGUCGGUACACCUGUGCAAGACUGGAG